UACAGGGAAGUGGUCACUUCCAUAGGGAUUUUUCAUUACGUGCCAUUGCAAGUCCGGGUAAAUUGAAGCCGAGCCAAUAGACAGGUCUAUAGAUGAAUAUGAAUUAUUAUGAAUAUUAUAAUAAGUUGGCUCCUUCUUGUUGAAGAGGCAUGCACCGGAGUUCACAAGAAAAUUUUCAAUGAAACGACCUCUCGCGUCACAUCGCGAGUCCCCCCACAUGGUGUGGUGUGCAUUAAAAUCGCCUGCGAGUAUGUAUGGGUGCGGAAGCUGGUCAAUGAGUUUAUAAAAAUCACUUUUUUCCAGAUGAAAGUUAGGCGGUAUGUAUAUGCAACAUACAGUGAUCAAUUUAUUAAAAAGAAUUGCCCGAAUUGACACUGCCUCAAGGGGCGUCUGAAGGGCGACCUGGUGACAAGCUACGGACUUGUCUACAACUAUUGCUACACCGCCAGACGAGGUAUUCGCCUCGUUGCGGUCUUUACGGUAGAUGGCGUACUGACAAAGAAAGUUUGUUUGUGUGCAUUUAAGAUGUGUCUCCUGAACACACAGCACCUUUGGGUUAUGUUUGUGUAAGAGUUCUUUAAUGUCAUCGAGGUUGUGGAUAAGACCUCUAAUGUUCCAGUGUACUAUUUGUGUAGCCAUAUUGUUCGUGUUUUUAUGCUGUGUGUCAAGAGGAGUCAGGUUAGAGAAAUGACUUACGGAGCCUUUUCAGGCCCCGUGAUUAUGGUACGGGUUUUGUCCUUCUUGGAGCGGUCGCGAGACUCGCGCUGCUCCCGAGGCGCUAGAUGCGCCUUCUGGCUCGGGGUUGUGUCCAUCGACUCCUGGGAGCCGCUGGACUUCCGCUCACUAGAGCGGGGUGUUUUCAGGGUAGGCCUUGCCUCGAAAAGCAGGGCCUUGGAGGCCACCAACCCAGAGGUCGAUGGGCCCUCCUUCGGGGACGGCGCAGCAGCGCUGGCUGCUGACGCCAGGGGGGCUGGUGGCACGGCCGCAACCACGCUCGUUGUGGUCUGGGCCUGAGCCGGAGUCUGCUGCGACGCUGCCCCCUUGCGCGCCGCACCAGCAUACCCUGAGGUUCGAGAGUAUGCUGCGUGUUCACCGUCACAGUUGGGACAGUGGGGUGUGCCAUUACAGUUGUUGGAUUCGUGUUCGUGUUCGCCACACUUUGCACAGCUACGCCAGCCGCCCACCACCGAGCCCAACAAGGGGACGCCACGAGUCCGGGAGGAAACGCAGACGCCAGCUGUACGUAGCCACUAUAACCUAAUAUAACAUACCCAAGGUUGGAUACAUACACCAGGUUAACCCUUGCCGCCUAGAAAUUCGGAAGUGAGAAGAAGUGAUAAGAAGACAGGAAAGAAGAGAUAGCGAGAGGGAAAGCAAAAGAUUGAAUAGAGGGACAGGAAAAGGCGACUGCCGAUUUCCUCCAGGUGGGUCAGUCUGGAGGUGCCGUCUAUGUGAAGCCGAGGCCGAAGAGGUGUGUUGCCUCCGCCGGGGGGCCUUAAAGGUCCAAACACCCAGCAUCGGCUCAACCCCCAGGAUCCCCUUUUCCCCAGACACGGCUAAGCCGCGCACGGCUACACGCGGGA